AUGCAUUUCUUGAAACGAUCAACUGCCAGCCUACUGGCGAUACUAGGAGCAUCUUGUAUACAAUCUACAUACGCAGACGACCACGGGCCCUACAAUUACGAUGGUGUCAGGAAUGUCGCCCGAAACCCCAUUGUCCCGCGGCAAAGCACUCAGAACUUCUAUCCAGUCACUGGACCGACAAGCAAUGGGACUGUGGUAGUGCGGCAAGAGAUCCGGGAGCUGCAGAAAGACUCAACACUCUGGACGCUAUACAUACUUGCGCUAGAUUUCAUGCAGUACACCAACCAGACGGAGAUGCUUUCGUGGUAUCAAGUCGCUGGGAUCCAUGGCGAACCAUAUGCCCCAUGGGACAAUGUGCAGCCUGGUCCUGGGCUCGACAAUAGUGGAUAUUGCCAUCAUGUCUCGAUAUUGUUUCCUACGUGGCACCGACCGUAUCUGGCAUUGUUUGAGCAAGUCAUGUACAAUCUCGUACAGGAGAUUGCCUCGAUGUGGCCUGCUGGAUCGGUCCAAGAUCGAUACGUAGCUGCCGGCAAGAACUUUCGAAUUCCAUAUUGGGACUGGGCAGCUGUUCCUAGUGAUAACAGCAGUGUGUUGCCGCAUAUUGUUCAAGAUUCCCCCAGCAUAUCUGUGGACGGUCCGGCUGGAACCCAAAUGAUUGCGAACCCUCUGUUUACAUAUCAGUUCAAGCCCGUGGAUCCAAAAGCUUUUAUAUAUAGCCCAUAUAAUGAACAAACUUUCGUUCUUAGAUAUCCGAACAACGAUACUGCGUCUGCCUAUUCCCAGAAUGAUUUAGUGGCAAGACAGCUCGACAACAACGCUGCCACAUUCCGCAGCAGACUUUACAAUUUGUUUGGCGCAUAUCACAAUUACUCUACGUUCAGCAACACCGGAUGGUAUCCAGACAAUACCGACGCCGAUUAUGAUUCAAUUGAAGGAGUUCACGAUCAGAUUCAUGCCCUGGUUGGAAGUGGCGGGCACAUGAGUGUCACAGAUUACUCGGCCUUUGACCCUUUGUUCAUGCUCCAUCAUGCCAACAUCGACAGGUUGUUUGCAAUGUGGCAAGUCAUCAAUCCGGAUAGUUAUGUUGUUCCAACGGCAGCUACAGCGGACACCUACAACUUCAGGACUGGAGAUACGCUGGACAGCCAGAGUAUACUCACCCCGUUCCACGACACUUCUGGCAACUAUUGGAAUUCCGAUACGGCUCGAGAUACCCACACGUUUGGUUACUCGUAUCCCGAGACAAAUGGAGGAUCAGAUGUCGAUGUCAAAGAUCAAGUCUUGAAAGCAAUCAAUGCACUUUAUGGUGAUAAAACUACUAAUGGAACAGAUGGAAAUAAUACCCCUCAGAGACGGGAAGCUGUUGUCAACCACCGGGAAUGGAUCGUGAACUUAAAAGCCGACAAGCAUGCCCUUAACGGUUCCUUCUUCGUCCACAUCUUCCUUGGAGAUUUUGGCUCGGAUCCUACAGGUUGGUCUUUCGAACCAAAUCUAGUUGGAACAUGGGCGGUCCUUGAUAAGUUCAACACCGCAAACGCGCCUAAUAAACCAGUCAGCGGCACCAUCCCUCUCACAGGUGUUUUGUCAAAAUUGGUGUUGGCGAACGAGCUCCAGAGUUUAGAUCCUGACGUCGUCCAGCCCUACUUGACUGCCAAUUUGAAGUACAGAGUCACAUUGUUGAAUGAUACAGAAGUUGGAAAUGGGGACGUGUCGAGCUUGUCUGUCACGGUGAUCAGUGCUCCUGUUGUACCACCGCAGACUGAUUCGGAGCUACCUUCUUGGGGGGCAACUGUGGUGCAUAUGGAUAUAACUACUACAAACUAA